UAUCUCUCAGGGCUCUAUAGAAAUCUGUAGAAUUCCCAAUUGCUUUUUGAUUUCCCUCCACACAUCUCCCAACUCGAAGAUUUCAAUUUUCUCUCUCUUGGGCUCACAACCUUUUGUAAUUUGUAUUUCACAAAGACAUAGCCACAGUGAGAUCGAUUAUGUUCUAGAAGCUUCAUGAAUCUACUGGUUCCACAUCGUCACCAAGCCCUCUCCCUCUUCAUGGAUCACCCUUACGAUGCCUGAGCUGCGUAGCCGAGAACGCACGAAACAGUCAUCCAACAACCCUGAUCCGAACCCGAUUACCCAACCCGACAACAAGAACAAGCUACUGAACGUUCGAACUCGCUCGAGAAGGAACCGGACGAGUAACAAGAACGCGAUCGGCGUCUGUGUGAGGAGGAGAGGCCGCAAGGUCGUCACCGAAACGAGGUCGUUGAAGGACGAAGAAGGAGGAGAGGAGGGCAUUAGAGUUUUGAGAGAGGAAGUUGAGGAAAAAGCCAUGGAUGAUUGCGAUAGCGGCGGCGCCGGAGGCCGGAGCGGAGACAAGGGCCCGGGGGCCGAGGAUGACGGCAGCACUGCUCCUCUCCCUGAGAAGGUCCAAGUCGGUGGUUCCCCAGUGUACAGAGUAGAUAAAAAAUUGGGAAAAGGAGGCUUUGGACAAGUGUAUGUUGGUCGACGCGUUGGUCCUACUAAUUCAAACGAAAGAACUGGCCCUGGAGCUGUAGAGGUAGCUUUAAAAUUUGAGCAUAGGAGUAGUAAAGGAUGUAAUUAUGGACCGCCAUAUGAGUGGCAAGUUUACAACGCACUUGGUGGUAGUCAUGGUGUUCCACGAGCUCAUUAUAAGGGCAGGCAAGGUGACUACUAUAUUAUGGUCAUGGAUAUGCUUGGGCCAAGUUUGUGGGAUGUUUGGAAUAAUAACUCACACACGAUGUCUAUUGACAUGGUGGCAUGUAUUGCCAUUGAGGCUAUCUCCAUAUUAGAGAAGAUGCACUCUAGGGGAUAUGUCCAUGGGGAUGUAAAACCUGAGAAUUUUUUGCUUGGUCCUCCUAGGACUCCUGAAGAAAAAAAGCUAUUUCUUGUGGACCUUGGAUUAGCCACCAGGUGGCGAGACAGUACAACUGGCUUGCAUGUUGAGUAUGAUCAACGUCCUGAUGUUUUCAGGGGAACUGUCCGGUAUGCUAGUGUACAUGCUCAUCUUGGUAGAACUGGUAGCAGGAGAGAUGACCUAGAAUCUCUUGCUUACACUCUUGUUUUUCUUCUCCGUGGCCGGUUGCCGUGGCAAGGAUAUCAGGGAGAAAAUAAAGGAUUCCUUGUUAGCAAGAAGAAAAUGGCCACGUCCCCAGAAACUCUGUGUUGCUUUUGUCCGCAGCCUUUCCGGCAGUUUGUUGAGUAUGUGGUAAAUUUGAAGUUUGACGAAGAACCUAACUAUGCAAAAUAUAUCUCUCUCUUUGAUGGGAUUGUCGGUCCAAAUCCAGAUGUAAGGCCAAUAAACACUGAUGGUGCUCAAAAGCUUAUAUUUCAGGUUGGACAUAAGAGAGGACGAUUAACCAUGGAGGAGGAAGAUGAUGAACAGCCGAAGAAGAAGAUUCGAAUGGGGAUGCCUGCAACACAAUGGAUUAGUGUUUACAAUGCUCGUCGGCCUAUGAAGCAAAGAUAUCACUAUAAUGUGGCGGAAGUAAGGCUCUCCCAACACAUUGAAAAAGGAAAUGAAGAUGGGUUAUUUAUCAGUAGUGUGUCUUCAUGUUCAAACCUUUGGGCCCUUAUUAUGGAUGCUGGCACUGGCUUUACUGACCAAGUUCAUGAACUCUCACCCUGCUUUCUUCACAAGGAAUGGAUUAUGGAGCAAUGGGAAAAGAAUUACUAUAUCAGUGCAAUAGCAGGAGCUAAUAAUGGGAGUUCAUUAGUUGUAAUGUCCAAGGGGACACAGUACUUACAGCAGUCCUAUAAAGUCAGCGAUUCAUUUCCGUUCAAGUGGAUCAACAAAAAAUGGAGGGAGGGAUUUUAUGUUACUGCCAUGGCCACUGCUGGAAGUAAAUGGGCAAUUGUUAUGUCUCGUGGUGCAGGAUUUUCUGACCAGGUUGUGGAACUAGAUUUUCUCUAUCCUAGUGAAGGUAUUCAUCGAAGGUGGGACGGUGGUUACCGCAUCACAUCAAUGGCAGCAACUUUGGACCAAGCUGCUUUUGUUCUCAGUGUUCCAAGAAGAAAACCGGCCGAUGAAACUCAAGAGACUCUCAGAACUUCUGCUUUUCCUAGCACACAUGUCAAGGAGAAAUGGGCAAAGAAUCUUUAUAUUGCAUCAAUGUGCUAUGGUCGUACUGUUUCAUGAACUGCCAAAGUUCUGUUAGGAUGCCACUUAUGUUAUUUUGACCACUCACUUCUACGGUCCAUGGACUGGCUUUUAGCGUGUACUUCUUGGUACUAAGGAUCCUCUCAAGGCAAAUUUACUGAUCAUGGCAUUUUGGAGAUGAUGUAUGCUAAACUCUUCUUUAUUGCCGCCAUCACAUAGCAUCUGUUACAAACACCCGUGCACUGUCUUUCAAUUGUGUCAAAAUGCUUGUGAGGCUAAUUUUAAAUCAUAUAUCCACCUGCAAUGGGGAUCACUUCUACCCGUCAUUAAAAAGUUUGUACAGUUUUGAACAAUAAUCACGAGGUUGAAGGCAUGUGCACAGGUCAUUCUGAUUAUUGAUGGUAUUUUCGGAGGUACAAUUAUCAUUUUGCUGUGGGCUCUGGACAUUCUCAGCUGUUCAGCCUGUUCUCUUUUUCUAUUUUAAAGUUCUCCUUUUUGGACUCGAAGAUACUUCUGGGGUGUCACUUGAACUGAGAGCAAGUGGUUGUACACUUUGGCAACAGUUUGUAAUGAUCUCUUUAUUAUUAUUGUUCUUCAUGCUAUAAUUUAAUCGAAUACUUUUGCACCUC